AUGCAAAAGGUCGGGCGAUUCGGGAGGAUGCCCCUUUCCUACGCCUCUGCUCCGAGGUACGCGGGGGAGCCCAGGAUUUGUGGGGAAGCAAAGGGCAGGGAGGUAUUCCUGCCUUCUUUUUCCUCCACCUAUGUGUUGUCCCCUAAUGCCGAGGUCUUUGUUACCAGUUUAAAGAAACCGGACACUGCAGAAGUGACCUCUGGCAGCGGGCUCGUUCCUGGAAGAGGAACGCCCACUCGGGGCUGGAUGCCAAGCAUUCAUGUUCCGCAUCCAGCCCCGGUGAAAUCAGUCCUUGCCUGCAGGAGAGAGGCCAUGGCGGCGGUGUUUCUGCCUGGCAAUCUCCAGGAUGAAGCCACUUGCUCUGUCUGCCUGGAGUUCUUCAAAGACCCCGUGUCCAUCGAGUGUGGGCACAACUUCUGCCGGGCGUGCAUCAUCAAGAGUUGGAAGGACCUAGAGAUGGACUUCCCCUGUCCGCAGUGCCGAGAGGUCUUCCAACAGAAGAGCUUCAGACCCAACCGGCAGCUGGCGAACAUGUCCGAGAUCAUCAGCCAGUUUGCCCUCCGCGGGGCCAAGGGUGCCGAGGAGGACGGGCUCUGCGUGAAGCACAGGGAAGCCCUGAAACUCUACUGCAAGGACGACCGGAAAACCAUCUGCGUGGUGUGCGACAGGUCCCGGGAGCACCGGCCGCAUGCCGUGGUACCCGUCGAUGAGGCAUCUGAGGAGUACAAGGAGAAAAUCCAGGGACGCUUGGAUUUCCUGAAAAAGGAGAGGCAAGAGCUGCUGGAGUUUAAAGUGAAUGAUGAUAAGAAAACCCAGGAGCUCUUGAAAACCAUCGAGAAUGAGCGGCAGAAGCUGCUCUUGGAGUUCGAGAGGCUGCGGCAGUUCCUGCAUGACCAGGAGCACAUCCUCCUGGGGCAGCUGGAGAAGAUGGAGAAGAACAUCGCCAAGAGGCAGAACGAGAACAUCACCGACCUCUCCAAGGAGAUCACGCUCCUCAACAAGCUCAUCACGGAGCUGGAGGAGAAAAUCCAGCAGCCCAUGCUUGAGUUCCUCAAGGAUGUAAUGAACAUCAUAAGCAGAAGUGACGAUGUGAAGUGCCAGAAGCCUGUGCCAGUAUGCACGGAUAUGAAAAUGCACAUCUGCAAUUUCUCCCUCAAGACUGUCGUCCUUGAGAAAGUCUUAAAGAAAUUCAGAGAAAACCUGCGAGAUGAACUGGGAAGAGGUGAAAAAGAGGACCUGACCCUGGACCCCGAUUCGGCAAACCACCUCCUCAUCCUCUCCGCAGACCUCAAGAGCGUGAGGAUGGGCUGUAGGAAACAGGAGCUGCCCGACAACCCCAAGAGAUUCGACACGAACUCGCGGGUGCUGGCUACCACGGGCUUCAAGUCAGGAAGACAUUACUGGGAAGUGGAGGUGGGGGCCUCGGACGGUUGGGCCUUCGGGGUGGCCAAGGAGUCCGUCAGGAGGAAAGGUCUGACGCAGUUUUCCCCCGAAGAAGGGAUCUGGGCAGUGCAGCAAAACGGAGGUCGCUACUGGGCGGUCACCUCGCCCCAACGCACCCCGCUCUGCCUCAGCCAGAAACUCAGUAAGGUCAGGGUGUACCUGGAUUACGAAGGGGAAGAAGUGUCCUUCUACAACGCUGACAACAUGCAGCACAUCUUCACCUUCAACGUCGCCUUCCAGGAGAAGGUGUUCCCUCUCUUUUCGGUCUGUUCUACUGUUACCUACAUCAAACUGUGCCCCUGAGACUUCUCGUGGGCUUCGCUGAGGACCUGUCCCCGUGGUCUUCACUGGAUGGUGCCUGGA